AUGAGUAACGAGGAACGAGCAGCAGCGAUGAAAGCAUUGCCCGGUGAACAUCCAACACACAACUAUUUCUUUGCUCGAUCGUCCGAACAGGUUUCUGCAGAGGACAGUAAUGCGCUCGGUAAUUUGCCCGUGUUCCGGAGCAUCAUUGAAAUCAAAGUACCGCGUGAUAUGAGUAAAUUGCACGUUGAAGAUCAAAAGGCGUUAGCUGGCGUGCUGGAAACUUGCCGGAUUGGAAGGAGCGAAAGCUUGUUCAAGAAGAAGGGUGAAGCGUUCGGACGAAAAAUUGCCGAAAUACCUAUCGCAACACCUAUGAAAAGGCCAGAGCAGCAGCAGCAGCAGCAAGUUGUACCCGAAAGGGAAAAAUCGGUUGUAGCAGUGGGAGAUCCUGGUGCCUCCGAGAAAACCCGGUUGAAUGAAGUUGGAUCGACCAGUGAAUUGGACGGUGCUGCAAGUUUCAAUGGUAAUGAUUCUGGUAUGGAAGUCGAUUCGAACACUGAUGAAGGCAGGCCAGUGGUCGACGAUGUGCGCCUUGUCUCCUCCAAACAGGUGCGGUGA